AUGGGUUAUGGGUUUUCAUUUUCCCUCCAAUUUAAACACCCUUACCUCUCCAUAGCACAAUAUGUAUCACUCCUAGAAAGUUACACCAACACCAAAUCUCUUCCCAAGAUUAAACAACUUCAUGCUAACAUCAUCACCUUUGGUGUACUUUUGAUUUCUUCUUCAAAACGGUUCACUCUUGUCUCUAAUCUUGCUUCAAGUUAUGGGUUAUGCAAACACGUCGCAUUUGCACGUAAGCUGUUUGCACCAACCAAAAUUGUUCUUUAUAACGUCAUUAUUAGGAUGUACUCUCAAAGUUAUUCACCAAUUGAGGUUCUUAAACAUUAUGUUGAUAUGCUUUAUUCAGGAUAUCUCUUACCUGACAAAUUUACGUACCCUUUUGUUAUUAAAGCAUGUGGGGAUUUGUCCUUGCUUAAGAAUGGUGUUGUACUUCAUGGAAGAGUUUUUACUUCUGGUUUUAGUUCAAAUAUGUUUGUGUUAAAUUCUUUACUAGCAAUGUACAUGAAUUGUGGUGCAGUAGAAUUGGCGAAGCACACCUUUUAUAUGAUGGGCGAAAGAGAUAUGGUGUCCUGGGCUACAAUGAUAACUGGGUUUGUGAAGAAUGGCCGUGCUAAUGAUGCUGCAAUGAUCUUUGAUGAAAUGAUUGAUGUUGGUGCAGACUUUAAUAGGUCAGCUGUGAUAUCAGUUUCAACAGCGUGUGGGCAUUUGGAAGAUUUGGUUUUCGGAAGAAAAGUUCAAAGGAUUGUUGAAGAGAAUGGUUUUCAAGACGAUCUUAUUAUAUGUAAUGCGUUGAUUGAUUUGUAUGCAACAUGUGGCAGCAUGGAUGAAGCAAAAGAAGUGUUUGACAGGAUGAAGGAGAAAGAUGUUGUGAGUUGGACCUCUCUGAUAAGAGGAUACGUUUUAAAUGGAAAUUCUAGACGUGCAUUGGAGCUUUUUCGGGUGAUGUAUCUUGAACGAGUGAUGCCUAAUUCAGUUACUUUCGUUGUGCUGCUUCAGGGUUGUGGAAACUUGCAGGCAGUGAAGGAAGGCAAGCCUAUACAUGGGUUGGUAGUGAUACGGAAUCUUUUCUCCGAUGCAAUAAUCAAAACUGUUUUGAUUGACAUAUAUGGAAAAUGUAACAAUAUCGGUUGCUUCCAAGUUUUAAUGCAGAGUUCACAAACGAGAGUAGCAUUAUGGAACGCGAUGAUUUCUGCGUGUACAUAUAAUGGCUUAGCAAGCGAUGCAGCAUAUUGUUUCAAACAAAUGCUGAAUGGUGCGGUAAAUCCUGAUGCUAUUACUUUCAGUAGUCUCCUAUAUGCUUAUGCUGAUUUGGGUGAUGAACAUAUUGCUUUUAGCAUUCACAGCUAUCUGAUGAAAUCUGGAUUGCUGUCUGAAACUGAAGUUUUGAGGGGUCUUAUUGAUUUAUAUUCAAAAUGUGGAAAUUUAGAGUAUUCUCAGAAGAUAUUCAAUGAAGUUUCAUUGAAAUACAAAGAUGUUUCUUUGUGGAGUACACUGAUAGCUGGAUAUGGAACACAUGGGCAUGGGGAAACUGCAGUCUGGCUUUUUAAGUGCAUGAUACAAUCCGGAAUUGAACCAAAUGAGGUUGCGUUCACAUGUGUUUUAGAUGCGUGUAGCCAUGAUGGUUUAGUCGAGGAAGGUUUUGAGUUGUUUAAACUGAUGCUCACAAAUUAUGAAACUAGUCCUAAGAUAUAUCAGUAUACAUGUAUGGUUGAUCUUCUUGGGCGUGCUGGGCGUUUGCAGGAAGCUAAUGACUUGAUCUCAACAAUGCCAUUUAAGCCAAAUCAUGCUGUUUGGACUUCCUUGCUUGGUGCUUGUGUUGUGCAUCAAAAUGUCGAGAUUGGAGAGAUAACUGCUAAAGCACUUGUCGAAUUGGAGCCAGAAAAUCCGACCAUUUAUGUCUUACUGGCAAACAUAUAUGCUUCAGCAGGUAGAUGGGAAGAUGCAGAGAAUGUACGUUCAAGACACGGGGACAUAGUUUGGUUAAGGUUAAUGUUAUUUAGGUGCAAAUGA